CUCUCACGCGAUUCCGAGCUGCUCACUGUUUGCUCGCGGUCCUCGACUCCGUGUGACUAUUUCUCGUUGCGUUAGUUGUUGAUCUGUCGAGCACUCGGCUCUGUCUAUAAGGCGUUCGAUCUGGUCGAGGAGACAUGGCACAAACGCAUCAUCAACCGCUGUAUUUUGAUGACAUGCAGCAGAGGCAUCAAGAAAUGUCUGGCUUCCAAGAACACCAGCGUCUAAUGUCCAAAGGCAUGCCACCACGCACGAGUGCUGUGACUCACAUGGAGGGUAUGAUGCAGCAGUCGCACAUGCCGGUUGUCACCGCUGAUUUAUCUGCUGCUCUGGAUCAAGGGAUGGACUUCCUUGAUUUAUUGGAGUCGCCGUCGCCGGGGAAGCAGAUGCCGGAUUCGGGUAUUGUGUCUGGGAUUGCAUCUACGGGAGUGCUGUCGGAUAAUGAAGAUGACGACGAGCAGUUUGGAUGGAAACAGGGAUUUGAUUCAUGUCCGCCGCAAUACAGGCAAAUGGGAUCGAGAACUGAUCGUGUGAGAGCCGCUAUGUUUCCCGAUACUGUUCCAGAGGAUAGCAUCUCCAUGCCGAUGACAGGACAGCCCACAACCGUGCAGCGUUUAGCCGAACCAUCACAGAUGUUGAAGAAUGCCGUUCUGAACCUCGUCAACUACCAAGAUGAUGCGGAUCUUGCACUUCGAGCUAUUCCAGAAUUGACGAAGUUGUUGUAUUCGGAAAACCCAACUGCAGUACAACAGGCUGCAAUGGUGGUUCAUCACUUGUCUAAGAAGGAGGCGAGUCGUCAUGCGAUCAUGAAUAGCCUUCCGAUGAUGGGUGCACUUGUGAGAGUGAUGGGUGGGACGUCGGAUGCCGAGACGAUGAGAUGUGUUAGCGGGACGUUGCAUAACUUGUCCCACCACAGGCAAGGGCUGUCGGUCAUCUACAAGUCGGGAGGAAUUCCAGCAUUAGUCAGACUGUUGGGAUGUCAGGUUGAGUCUGUGUUGUUCUAUGCGAUCACAACCAUUCACAACCUCUUGCUGCAUCAAGAGGGCAGCAAAAUGGCAGUCAGACUCGGAGGUGGUCUUCAGAGGAUGGUGUCUCUUCUCUCACGAACGAACGUGAAAUUUCUGGCCAUCACUGUUGAUUGUCUUCACGUGUUGGCAUAUGGCAAUCAAGAGAGCAAGCUGAAUAUCUUGGGAUCCGGCGGUCCCGCGGAGCUCAUUCGCAUCAUGAAGGUGUACACGUACGAGAAGCUGCUGUGGACGACGAGCCGACUAUUGAAAGUGUUGUCAGUGUGUCCGAUGAAUAAACAAGCAAUCGUUGAGUGUGGUGGUAUCCAGGCGCUCGCUCAUCACCUUGGAAGUCGAAGCGGUCGUCUCGUCCAGAACUGCAUGUGGUGUCUAAGAAACCUGUCGGACGCCGCCACGCAUCUUGAAAACCUUGGUGGCUUACUGCAACUGCUGAUCCAAUUCUUGGGCGUCGCCGACUUCAACUACGUGACGUGCGCAGCCGGAAUUCUAUCCAAUCUGACAUGCAACAACCCACAAAACAAGGUAUUGGUGUGUCAGUUGGGUGGCGUUGAAGCUCUUCUCCGGACGUGUGUGAAUGCUGGUGAUCGGGAGGAUAUCACUGAGCCAGCUGUGUGCGCGCUACGCCAUCUCACCAGUCGUCACAGCGAAGCGGAAAUGGCUCAGAACACGAUUCGUGUCAGUUACGGCAUACCAAGUAUCAUCCGUCUUCUUCAUCAUCCGUCGCGUUGGCCUCUCAUCAAGGCGGUCAUCGGACUGUUGAGGAACUUGGCAUUGUACGGAGAGAAUCACAUAGCGAUCAGAGAGAAUGCUGCACUACCCAAACUCGUGCAGCUGCUGAUGAAGGCUCAGCAAGUGAUGCAAAGGAGAUUGUCACUCGGACCAAAUGCUGGACUACCAUACGCUGAUGGGAUUCAAGAUGGUGUUCGGAUGGAGGAGAUUGUUGAAGGUUGUGUUGGAGCUCUGCACAUCUUGGCGCGUGAUCAGCAUAACAGGGUCGUGAUCAGGGGACUGCAAUGUAUACCCAUCUUUGUACAGCUGCUGUAUUCGAAUCACGAGACGAUCGUCCGACUCACGACGGGCGCGUUAUGUGAAAUGGCACAGGACAAAGAAAGUGCCGACAUCAUUGAAGCUGAAAAUGCGUCGUCUGCACUGACUGAGCUGCUGCAAUCGCGAAACGAAGGAAUCGCUACUUACGCCGCGGGUGUCUUAUUUCGUAUCUCGGAAGAGAAGUCGGCAGACUACCGAAAACGUCUGUCUGUUGAACUGACGAGCUCCUUGGUGAGGCCGGAAUCAGUCGGCCAUUGGAAUGGGCUACCCAUGUCUCAAGAUAUUGGCCGCCUCCCUCUUCAUCACGUGACACACCAGCAAGACUUCCAUGCACGCCAGCUGCAAGUUCCGGGUGGCUUCAAUCCGUCGGCUCUUCAACAGAAUCUGCGUUACCACACGGGCAUGCAUCCGCCGCUGCCACAACACGAAGGCAUCAUGCUGGACGCCAUGUCGCCCGUCGUCGGCAUGGACGUGUCGAAUCAGUGGUACGAUACGGAUCUCUAGUCGAUCUCCAUACAUAAUGGGUUUUGAAUCUGUCACAUGACACGUUACUUUGACUGAACACAUGCUAUCUUGUAAGUGGAGUUUUAGCUUAUUAGUUGUUAUGAGAUGUAGGACGCGUGGUUGUUAGAGGCCAGUUUAGAAGACAGUAGAGCUGUAGACGUGUGAUUACUGGUAUGAUGCCUGAGUUUGUUGACCCUUAAUGUAUUGCAUACGUUGUCACAGUGUGCUGUGUAUUGGUAUGUAUAGAGUAAUUGAAUUGGUAUUGCACAGA